AUGACACCAGCCCUCAGAGAGGCAUCAACAAAAGGUCAUGGUAUCCACUUGUCACCUUCUUUGUCCUUUAGAGCUAUGGAGUCUGAUACAGCUUUGUGCAUGGAAAAUUCCAGAGCAGUGGAAGAGAAGAUAAAAGAGGACUCCAUCGCACAGAUUACUUGCUCAGUCCUGGGGUUCUCCACUGCUGAGCCCAACUUCAGGAAUAACAUCUUCGGCGUGCAGUGUUUCGGUUCUCCGCCAUCCUCCAGGCGCUAUCAGUCCGUCUUGCUAAUGAGCACCAAUUCUGCCUUUAGCAACAGGAGCGGCAAGCAAACGAAAGGGGGAGAGCCCCACUGCUCCCAGCUGAGAAAUUCCUUACAGAAUGGUGCUGACACAUCGUUUGGGCAGAUCAGCCAUUCCCAACCUGAGGAACCUGAGGAGCAGGGCAAAGGAGAAACGUUUUCGGAGAGCGCGUCUCCCAGUGUGGCAGAAAUGCAGAGACUUUUGGGUUCGAACAUAACCGAAGCCGGCACCGCGGAAGAAAUGCAGCUUUCAAAUGGGAAAUGGUACAAGAAGAAUGGCUUUUUGGGUAGGGCUUUGGAAGUCUGCACUGAAUCUAUAAAAGGGGAUUUAUUACACCAAAUUCUUCGUGGGCCUUCGGAAGGGAUUUCGAGCGGCCCCCAGGAGGAGGUGUGCGCUCGCUUACUCCAGUGUGUCACCAAGCAACAGAUGGAAAUCAGCCGUGCCAAAAGAACUCAGAAACGUUUACAAAUGCUCCUGGCAAAGCACGUUAUCAAACACUGUGAUCAGCAACUGAAAUGCUUCGUGAAACAUCACCUACAAAGAAUGAAGGUUUUCCACGAGCCAGCCAGGUUUUUGAGCGGUAGCUCCCUCAAGUGCACUGAAGGUUGGCCAGAGAACAACGCAGCCACUUUGGAGAGUAGUUGGAGUGCGGAUGGACAGGAGGGAGUUAGCCUCGCACCAGCUGAAGUUCGGGGGUUUGCACUUUCUGCUGGAGGGCUGCUGUCUCGUGUGGAGCAGGACCUGGACUCUGAUGCCACAUGUAGCAGCUCAGAUGACGAUGGUGAGGAACAGACUGUAAGAACAACUGUGGAAGCGUAA